AUCGAUAAAGCAGGAAAACUGUCAGGAACGGAGGAAAACUAAGAAUUUCUUAUUUUAGACGGAAUUUAAACGGAGUCCGGGUUGUCAGCGUAACCUUCAACCUGCGCACGCAGCGCGGAGCUGCGGCUCGGUGACCGCCUGGUUCUGGAUGGCUGGAUCAGAACCUGGCGGUCCCGCUGGGCUGGGCUCAGCCAGGCGGGUGGUUCCGACGGUCCAUGGCGGUCUGUGCGCCCCGCGGAGCCCAGGUCGCCUCCUGCUGCGCGCUGAUUGGCUCACGCCUCAGUUCCUCCUGAGGAAAUCACUCCUUUUAUAGUUAAGGGCGCUGCGUGCCGCCGGUUUCCGGGUUUACUCUCACCCAGCAUGUAGAGGAGGCGGGCCGCCGGGAGACACCUGGAGCACCGCGGGCACGUCGCGCCAUCGAUCCGCUCCGCACUCAUCGGUCAGCGAUCAGCCAAGCAUGGGGAACCUGAUCAAGGUGUUAACGCGAGACAUCGACAACAACGCUGGAAACUUCUUCCUGGACUUUGAAAACGCGCAGCCUUCAGAGUCAGAGACCGAGGUGUGGGAGAAGGUGAACCAGGUGCUGACGGAGGCCAAGGUCAUCCUGGACGACCUGCAGACGUAUAAAGGAGCGGGAGAGGAGAUACGACAGGCCAUCCAGAAUCCUAAUGUGGAGGGAGUCCAGGACAAGGCCUGGGCCGCCGUGGUUCCUCUGGUCACCAAGCUGAAAACCUUCUACGAGUUCUCCCAGAAACUGGAGUCCAGCCUGCACUGCCUCCUGGACGUUCUCACCACCACAGACUCCACCCCCACUCAGCAUCUGGAGCAGAAGCAGGCGAUGGCCCGUCAGUUCGCCCACAUCCUGCACUUCACGCUGCGCUUCGAUGAGCUCAAGAUGACGAACCCCGCCAUCCAGAACGACUUCAGCUACUACCGGCGAACCAUCAGCCGCAUGCGCAUCAACAACGUGUCGUCAGAUCCGGGCAGCGAGGUCAACAACGAGCUGGCCAAUCGGAUGUCUCUGUUCUACGCCAGCGCCACGCCCAUGCUGAAGACGCUGAGCGACGCCACGUCCAAGUUUGUGGCAGAUAACCCUGAGGUUCCGAUUGAGAACACCACCGUCUGCUUGAGCACGAUGGCCUGCGUGUGCAAAGUGAUGCUGGAAACGCCGGAGUACCGAACGCGCUUCGCCAGCGAGGAGACGGUUCUGUUCUGCCUCCGCGUCAUGGUCGGCGUCAUCAUCCUGUACGACCACGUCCAUCCAGCCGGCGCCUUCGUCAAGACCUCCAACAUAGACAUGAAGGGCUGCAUCAAGGUGCUGAAGGAGCAGCCGCCCAGCAGCGUGGAGGGGCUGCUCAACGCCCUCAGGUACACGACUAAACAUCUGAACGAUGAGACUACCUCCAAGCAGAUCAAAAACAUGCUGCAGGCCAAUUAAGGUCUUCUCCAGCUCUGAGCGGCGAGAAGGUCCAGCCUUCAGAAGAACUACUGAACAAAACUUCAGUUGUUUUACUUUGUAAUGUUUUGGUUUUUAUUGUAAGUUCAAAAAAUGAUGUUUUUGUUGUCAAAAGAAGGGACAAAGAUCAGUGUUUGCAGUCAGGUUUCCCUGCCCCCUGGUGGACAUCUCUGGUAUUACAUGAGCCCUUUAGAAAACGACGCUGGACGUACAAACACUGGAGGCAGAGCAGCUUGCGCCCCCUGAUGGCUGCGGUGAUUAUUACAACUACUAACGGCUUGCUUAUUUUCUCAUCUGUUAAUGUCUGAAACAUAUUCACUGACAAACUCUCUUGAACUUGGCGCAGUCUUGGUUGUCGCACUGAGCAGAACCUUCGAUCUGACGGACGGUGUGACGCAGCCAGCCGUCCGUCUAAAGCGGUCAGGGGUCCGUUUGAUAAAAUAAUUAUAAUAAUUCAGAAAGAUAAAAGCUAAAACUGAUCCUGAUUGUGGAUGAAGACGAAGCGUCAUAUCUGGUCAUUUAGUUUAUAGAUGCGACUCGUUACCGUCUCCCUCGUCCACUGGAGCACCCAGAGAGGGAAGGGUUAAAUCUCUGCUUCAGCUCCUCUGACCGUUUUAAUUCAGUUCUCAGCCUCCUGCAGCCAGCCGGUUUCUCUGUGAGCAGAAACCAGCAGCUUUUCAGCGCGUUCACUCAGAGCCACUGAGACGACUCCCAUGCAGGUUCUCCACCCAACGUUCAGCUGAUGUUUCUGCUGUGAGGCUGCUGCAGCAGUCAGGGAGUCCGCCUGCACCAGCCUUCCUGCACGCCUGGGUCCAAACAUUUCAUAGCUUAGCUUUCUGCUGGAGGUGGACUCUUCUGCCUCCAAAUAAUCCCAAACGAUGAGCUGAAAGAACCACUGUGAUGAUGAUGAUGAUGAUGAUGAUGAUGAUGAUGAUGAUGCGGUACGGACGUGAGGAAGGUCCUCUGACUGAUGUGGGUUUUUACGUUGUCCAUGGCGUUUGUUGUGAGCUUUAACUUUUCCUCGUGUGUCGACGCUGCAGCUUCAGGGCCUGAAUGGCAUUAAUUGUUUUUAAUGAUGUGUGUCGGCCAAAUUAAAUUUUUACGUUUUUAAUAAAACAAAAA